GAUGGACUCGAAGGAAAAUCCAAACACAGGAUUCAGAGUGGAGGGAACAUCUCCUCAAAAAGAGGAGUUGUAGCGGUGUUCGGACGUAGAGAGCGAAAAGGCGCGAAGAACGGAUAGAGAAAUGGUUUACCAAGAGGACGUGAAGAACACAUACAGAACAAACAACGCCUCCGAGGCAUUUCGACCUCUGCUCCCAGUUUGCAGGCAAUGUCGAUGCCUGUUCUAUUUUAGUUCUUAUCGGAUUAUCGAAUUCGCUUUGCCGGGUGCAGACCAGAUAAGGAACAGGGGUCGAUCUUCCAUUGCCUUACCCGGUUCAUGGCUGAUUCUUUCUGCAUAUAUUGGACUAUAUGGCGUCCAUUACUUGCUCAUUGGUGACACAUUUUUUCCCAGGGAUGCUGCAUUUGUGCUUAAAUAUAUGCACAGAGUAGGUUAUUGGUUCAUUGGGGAUAAAUUGUCUCCUUUGAUUUAAGAAGACAUGGGAUUAUUUGCUUUUGGCAUGACAUUCAAGAAUUGAGCUCUGAAGCCAAAUGCCCCUUUCUGACAAUCUCAUCAUGAAUUCUCAAUCUGAAGGUCGAACUAGAGAAAAUGGGGAUUUCAAUAGUUCAAAUUCUUCUAUAUAUGGAGAUAUUGUUGAAAUGGCACUAAAUACCAAUGCUGAAGCUGAGGAUAAGAAACGGGCAGAUUUGGUGGAGUGGUUAAAUGGUAUUCUUCCUGAUUUGAGGUUGCCGUUGGAAGCUUCUGAAGAGGAUAUAAGAGCAUGUUUGAUUGAUGGGACUGUUCUCUGUUGUAUUGUAAACAGGCUUAGUCCUAGGCCUGAAAAUGAGGGGAGUAGUUACAUUCUUUCUUCUGAGGUGUAUUUGGAUAAUGUUAAAAGGUUUCUGGCAGCCAUGGAUGAAAUGGGGUUGCCCAGGUUCAAACUAUCAGACCUAGAGCAGGGCUCCAUGACUACAGUUUUGGGGUGCCUUUGGACACUUAAGCAGCACUUUGGUUCCAUUCUUGGGGUAGACAAUAAUUUGGUUUCAAUUUUUACGCCUAGAAGCCAUAAUAGGAAGAAAUGGAGAGUUUCAGAUCAUGAACACUUGGAGGAAAAUAAUGGCAGCCAUGAGGAUACUGCUUCAUGUGGACAGCAGACAGCAUUAUCUGGAGAAGAGAGACAAAAGAAUGUUUCAGACUCAAAAUUUCAUCAUGUUCUGUGUAGCCCUGUCAUGUCAGAGCCAUCAGCUGCAUUGAUACAUCAUGUUGGACAUAAAUUCCACGAGGUAUUUCAAUUGAAACAUGGAUGUUAUGCUGAUCUUCCUCCUGCUAUGAUUUCUGAAAUGCUGAGAUCAACCAGUUUAGAUAAUGCUCCUACUCAGUCACUGUUAAGUGUUGUAAAUGGAAUUUUAGAUGAAAGUAUUGAAAGGAAGAAUGGGGAAAUACCUCAUCGUGUGGCAUGUCUGUUGAGAAAAGUUGUACAAGAGAUUGAACGGCGGAUUUCUACUCAAGCAGAGCACUUAAGAACUCAAAACAAUCUCUACAAGGCUCGUGAAGAGAAGUAUCAAUCUAGGAUCAGAGUACUUGAAACCUAUGCAACUGGGCCUAAUGAGGAGACCAAGAUUGUUAUGAACCAACUUCAGCAGACAAAGACAGAGAAGCCCAAAAUAGAAGAGACAAAGAAACAUGAGCAGGAUGUGCUUAGACUGAUAAAAGAGAAGGACCUCAAUAAUCAUGAAAUUUCUUCCCUGAAGCAGGAAUUGGUAGUGGCCAAAAGGACUUACGAAGAGCGUUGCUUGCAGUUGGAAGCAGAGGUCAAUGGAAAUAAAAUUGACCUGGAGGAGAGAUUAAAGGAACUUGAAUGCCUUUUAAAAGCUUCACAGGAGGAAGUUAAAGAGCUUGAGGCAUUUUCCAACUCCAAAGAUGAAAAUUGGAAGGAAAAGGAAUGCAGCUACCAGAGUUUUAUAAAGUCUCAGUUUGAAGCUCUUCAGGAACUGAGGUUAGCUUCUGAGUCCAUCAAGCAAGAGGUUAUAACUAUACAACAAACCUAUGUAGAAGAAUUUAGUCGCUUGGGUAAAAAGCUUAAAGGAUUAGAGGAUAUGGUUGAAAAUUAUCAUGUUGUUCUUGCAGAAAACCGGAGACUUUAUAAUGAAGUUCAGGACUUGAAAGGUAACAUUAGGGUGUACUGUCGUAUAAGGCCAUUCCUUCCUGGACAAAAUGGAAAACAGACAACCAUAGAAUAUAUUGGUGAGAAUGGUGAGUUGGGUGUUGUAAAUCCCUCCAAACAAGGAAAAGACAGUCAUCGUAUGUUUAAGUUCAACAAGGUCUUUGGUCCAACUGCUACUCAAGCGGAAGUAUUUCUAGACACCCAACCGUUAAUACGUUCUAUUCUUGAUGGUUACAAUGUAUGCAUUUUUGCUUAUGGUCAAACUGGCUCAGGGAAGACCUAUACAAUGACUGGCCCAGAUGCAGCACGUAAGGAGGAUUGGGGUGUCAACUAUAGAGCUCUAAAUGACCUUUUCGAAAUCUCUCAAAAUAGGAAAGGUUCCUUUUCAUAUGAAGUUGGUGUUCAAAUGGUUGAGAUAUAUAAUGAACAAGUGCGUGAUUUACUUUCAAGUGAUGGUUCCCAAAAAAGGCUUGGGAUAUGGACCAGUGCACAACCCAAUGGACUAGCUGUCCCUGAUGCAAGCAUGCAUCCUGUCAAAUCAACCACAGAUGUACUGGAUUUGAUGCAUCUUGGACUAACGAACAGGGCUGUAAGUUCCACUGCUAUGAAUCAAAGAAGCAGCCGGUCCCACAGUGUUCUCACUGUUCAUGUUCGUGGAACGGAUUUGGCUUCUGGUGUUGCUUUGCGUGGCAGUCUUCAUUUGGUAGAUCUUGCUGGAAGUGAAAGAGUUGAUCGCUCUGAAGUAACUGGAGAAAGACUUAAAGAGGCACAACACAUAAACAAAUCUUUAUCUGCACUUGGAGAUGUCAUCUUUGCUCUAGCACGAAAGAGCCCUCAUGUUCCAUAUAGAAACAGCAAAUUAACUCAAGUCCUUCAAAGUUCUCUAGGUGGUCAGGCAAAGACCCUCAUGUUUGUGCAACUUAAUCCAGAUUUGAGUUCUUACUCUGAGACUCUAAGUACUUUGAAGUUUGCUGAGAGGGUCUCUGGAGUUGAGCUAGGUGCUGCAAGGAGUAGCAAAGAGGGUAAAGAUGUUAGAGAAUUAAUGGAACAGGUGGCUUCGCUUAAGGACACAAUUGCAAAGAAAGAUGAGGAAAUUGAGCAGUUGCAACUACUGAAAGAUCUUAGAACUGUGUCUCCCAGUUUCAGUAGUGAAAAGCGGGGCACAAACCUUCUCAGGCGUGGACCUCCCUCACCAAGUAAACACUCUCUUAGUGCAACUUCUUUGCGAAGCCGAAGACAGACAGGAGGGAAAGGCUCAAAACUUGACAAAGCAGCUUCUGAUCAGGACAAUUGUUCAGAGUACAGUGAUAAACUCUCUGAGGCUGGUUCUCAGCAAUCUCUGGAUGACUUCAGGCACCAAAAGGAAUUCUUCCGCCAGUCAAAGCUUGCUGCAGGGGAUGCUGGACAAAAUUUUUCUGCAGAUGUUGAUCUCUUAGGGUUUGGAGAUGCAGAUUCUGAGGAGAGACUAAGUGACAUAUCUGACAGUGGCCUUUCCAUGGGAACAGAAACAGAUGGUUCAAUAUGCAGUGUUGUUGAGUUCACUCUUUUCCCUGAGGGUUCAAAAACACCAGAGAGCCCUGAGAGUUCAAAACCAGAAGAGAGUUCAAAACCAGAAGAGAGCACAGAGAAGGAAAAAGCACCAUCGAAAAUACCACGACCAUCACCACCAAAGCAGGGGCAACCAAAACUCCUUCGGCCAUCAUCAUCUAAGGACAUGUCUAGGUUGUCAGCAAGUUCAAGGAAAACCACCAGCGGCUCUUCUUUGACAAAGUCAUCCAAACGCUGGCAGUAAGAUUAAAAGGCAUUUAUUGGUUGUAAGGUUGGUUGCUAUAAAUUAUAGUUCUGGGAACCAAUGUGUUACCUCAAUAUUUUUAGUGUGGGUAUUGCCACAUGUUACUAUUUUAUAACUGGGCCAUGGGUUUCUUAUAAUUUGUUCCAAUUCUGAACUCUAUUGGUUAGUCAUAUCAUUUCAAGGUUUCCACCUUGUCGAUGCCUGUUUUGGUUGGAGAGAUGGGACAUCUGGUCAUGCUACUAAUAAUGCACCAUUGUUAAGGUAAACUUUUUACUCUGAUUUUGUUUUUAUUAACAUACCCAACCAUAUGAUGCAGGGAUAAAGCACUCGACCAUCACCACAAAAACAGGGGCAAGCAAAAACGAGUUAUGGAAA